UCGUACACUACGGGCAACAUGCCUCCUAAAGCGGGUAAGAAGAAAGGUAAGGGAAAGAAGAAGGCGAAAGGAAAGAAGGGCAACGCAAAGAAGGACGAUAAGUCAGAGAUGACGAUCGAAGACAAAUACAAGCAGACGGUACAAGAAGUCAUGUCUCUGAGAGAGCAUUUGGCUGUAAAAACUGAGGUGGGCAGAAGAGCUGCCAGCACAUGUGAAAUGGUGAAGAUGAAGAUGCGCGAGACCGAGGACAAAUUGGAUGAAGAAAGACUAACAAAGAGAGACAUCUCGUCCGACUUAACUCGUCAAUACAAAUCGAUGCAAAAUCAGUUGGAAAUUCACAUUCAACAUUUGGAAGCCACAGUUUCACAGCUUCGUCAAGAGCUUGCUGAGAGUCGGUCUGAGCUACAGAUGGUGACUACCGAACGUAACGAUCUGAGGAAGGAAAGGGACGAUAUGGAAAUGGAUUUCAAAGAAAAGAUUUCGUUCAUGGAACAAGCAUAUGAGGGUGUUAUACAAGAUGCAAUGGAUUUGAUGGUUAAUAAGGUGGAAGAGCAUCGGACCAAAUGGCAGUCAGAAUCAAAUGAGUUAGAGCAUAGAAACAACCAGAUUCUUAUGGAGUUUGGUCUUAGUUAUUCACGCGGGCAUCACAAAGAUAAGGCAAACUGAUAUGUAAUGUACAGUAAAUUAUGUUGCACAAGUAGGUCUGAUGACUAUCCAUUUUGUAAGGAAGAAAGGUUGAUGGAGGCACUAACCCAUUUCUCUCGUGGUU